CGCGACGCGUCUUUUGCUUCUUCCUUCUAUUAUCAAGUCAAAAUUUAGUAGCAUGGCUCUCAUGUAUGGGAAGGAAAAAGAUGCAGAGCAUGAAUUGACCUCUGAUCCCGGUUUCGUUUCCUUCUUUUCCAAACUCCCAAAGAAAUCUCCUGAAACUGGAACGAUCCGUCUAUUUGAUCGCACAGACUACUACUCUGUCCACGGGCAGGAUGCUCACUAUGUCGCAACACACGUCUUUCGUACUAACUCCGUCCUCAAGUAUCUAGGUACUGGAGGCAAGGCUGGUGGUCUUCCGAGCGUCACGCUCAGCCACACCCUGGCUCACUCGUUUUUGCGAGAUGCCCUCACAUCUAAACAGCUGCGCGUAGAAAUAUGGGUGCCUGCACCUGGGCAGGGAAGGAAAGCUUCCAAAUUCAUUUUGGAAAAAGAGGCAUCACCUGGAAAUCUCCAAGCUGUUGAAGACCUUCUCUUUGUCAGCUCCGAUGUUACAUCGGCACCUAUCGUUUUAGCUGUCAAAGUAUCAUCAUCGUCAGUCAUGAACAAAGCCAAGACCAAGUCAAUCGGCAUUGCCUUCGCGGAUACCAGUGUGAGGGAGUUUGGGGUUGCUGACUUCAUUGACAACGAUCUUUUCUCGAAUCUUGAGUCUCUUGUCAUACAACUUUCGGUCAAAGAAGCCAUUAUUCCCACCGGAACAGUAUCUGGGACAACGGACCGCGACCUCGACUUGAGCAAGCUAAAAGCCGUGUUCGAGAGGUGCGCCGUGGUUGUGACCGAACGUAAACCAAGCGAGUUUACUCCAAAGCAUGUGCAAGACGACGUUAAAAAAUUAACGAUCGAUUCAGAAACGGAUUCAGACUCUGCUGCUUCGAUUCCUGAGCUCUCCCUUCCUUCAGCCCCGUCUGCACUUUCUGCCUUGAUCAACUAUCUUUCUCUCCUUGCUGAUCCCUCCAAUCACGGGGCAUACAAGUUACGAACACACGAUCUAGCACAAUAUAUGCGCUUGGAUGCUAGUGCAUUGCGUGCACUGAAUCUGAUUGACGCCCCUGGGAGUGCUGGAAGUAUCAAUAAACACUCAACCCUCCUUGGUCUGCUAAAUAAAUGCAAGACUGCUCAAGGAACUAGGCUUCUCGGGACAUGGCUUAAGCAACCCUUGGUAAAUCUGCACGAAAUACGUAAACGACAAGACCUUGUGGAGACAUUUGUAGAUGAUGGAUCUUCUCGGAGAAUACUGCAGGAUGACUACUUGAAGCUGAUGCCUGACCUCCACCGACUCAGCAAACGAUUCAAGAAAUCUAUCGCAUCUCUUGAGGAUGUUGUGCGUGUAUAUCAAGUGGUCCUCAAGGUUUUACAUCAAACCUUUCCAGGUGCGCAUGUCAUAGAUUCAUUGAAUUACAUUAUCACUGCUCCCUCUAACACUUGCUGUUACCAGACUGUCAACGAGAAUCUCGUCAAAUAUGGCGAAAUGGUGGAGUCAACGCUAGAUCUCGAAGAACUCGAACAUCAUAAUUACGCGAUCAAGCCUGACUAUGAUGAGCGUCUGCAGGUUCUGGCAGAUAAACUUGUGGAGAUCCGGGACGGUCUUGAUGCUGAACAUCGUGCGACCGGCAAGGAUCUCGAUCUCGAUCUCGACAAGAAGUUGCACCUCGAGAACUCCCAGAAUUAUGGAUACUGCUUCAGGUUGACGAAGAACGACGCGAAAGCCAUCAUGCGGAACAACAAAUACAUUGAACUCGGAACUGUCAAGAGCGGAGUCUACUUCACGACCAAGAAGCUGAAAGCACUUUCCACGGACCACCAAGAGGCUACGCAUGAAUAUCAGCGAACGCAGAGCGGGUUGGUGAAGGAAGUUGUCAGCAUUGCAUCAACAUAUACGUCCGUACUCGAGAAUCUCGACCACAUCAUUGCACACCUGGACGUUAUUAUCAGUUUCGCUCAUGUUUCUGCAAAUGCUCCUGAGCCAUACGUGAAACCAAAAGUCUCGGAGAAAGGUUCUAGCGGCUUAAUAUUACGCGACGCGCGACACCCUUGCCUCGAAGUUCAGGACGAUAUAAGCUUCAUUCCAAAUGAUGUGGAAAUGGUGAAGGGCGAGGGUGAAUUUCAGAUAAUCACCGGUCCAAACAUGGGCGGAAAGAGCACGUAUAUUCGUCAGGUUGGAGUCAUUGCUCUCAUGGCACAGACCGGAUGUUUUGUUCCUUGCUCGGAGGCAACAUUACCGAUUUUCGAUUCGGUGCUUUGCCGUGUGGGUGCAGGUGACAGUCAGCUGAAGGGUGUCUCGACUUUCAUGGCCGAGAUGCUUGAGACUGCUUCGAUCCUCCGAGUAGCUCGGCCGCGGUAUGUCUUCUGUUGUACGAUGGGGCACAUUUUGUCAAUAUUUGCCUUAUCUUCAGGAACUUCAACGUAUGACGGAUUCGGCCUGGCAUGGUCUAUAUCUGAGCAUAUUGCAUCCCACAUCCGCGCUUUCUGCCUGUUUGCUACUCACUUUCACGAGUUGAACUGCCCUCGACCAGGAGCUUCCUCACCUCAUGUGAACCAAGAAGAUGCAUCUGCGCCGCGUGAGAAGGAUAUCACGCUUUUGUACAAGGUCGAACCAGGCGUUUCGGACCAAAGCUUCGGUAUCCACGUUGCGCAACUUGCCAACUUCCCCGAAAAUGUGGUCAAACUCGCAAAACGGAAAGCAGAUGAACUAGAAGAUUUCGCAACUGGACAACAAUCAGAACCCGAGCAUUCGGACGAAAUCACCGAGGAGGGCAUCCAAAUCAUCGAGGAGUUACUGAAAAAGUGGGCCUCCGAGUCUUCAGCUGAUGAUGAGGACGUCAUGAUGGACGAUGUGUCACACGAGGCUCAGCUAGCUGAACUGCGGCGGUGUGUCGAAGAGUUCAGACCACGCAUAGAACAAAAUGCGUGGGUACAGUCUCUGCUCACGUCUUUCUGAUCUCUUGCUAUCUUAUUUCCUUGUUAUCCUCGCUAUCAUUGCUCUGUAUACCAUACAUAAUCAAACUGCACUGGAUCAUUUAUUACUGUCGCAUCUUCCGCAUUUGCGU